AUGUCCCCGGCGCCCAACGGCGGCAAGCGCGGGAGGGUCCCCGACCCGGAGGAGGACGUCUACGUCGACAACCUCCACUCCCACAAGCGCUACCUCACCGAGAUAAUGGCAUCCAGCAUGAAUGGCUUGUCCGUUGGAGAUUCAGCUCCUGACAAUAUCAUGGGGUCCCCAAUGAGACUGGAGAAUGCUUAUUGCAUUAGGGAUGAGAUGAGCAUGCAGUACUCACCUAUGUCAGAAGAGUCAGAUGAUUACAGGUACUAUGACAUUCAAGUAAACACCAAUGGGAAUCAAACAGAUGUACUGGCUGUGGUCCCAGCAGUGGUCUGCUCGCCUGCUCGCCGUGGUUGUGGCACUGAACAGGAAGGCCGGAUCCCAUCCUCACCUAAUGACAUGUGCCAUGGUGGAGAUCUGAGGCGAGCCGCACUUUUGAGAUCGGUGCAAAUGAGGGUGCAGAACCCCCAUCCAUGUGAUGUGCUGCCCAGCAGUGGACAUGAACAAGAACAAGGCCGUUCUGAUGUACAUGCUGACGAGCUUGAACAGGAUCAGAAAGAAGCUGUGGGUGUACAGUUGGAUCAAAGGCCUCUCUCUUGUCCAAAUUCAACCCAGGAUGCUAAGUACCAGAGCCCUAUAAACCCAGACGAACAUCCUCACCAUGACGUUGAUUUUGUCGAGGAUCAGAUUACGGUGUGA